AUGGCCACUGACUUUUGGUCUUCGUCACUAGGAUUGGUUGUCGAUCGUGCGACUGUUGAACAAGCACGGGCAUUGGAUCUUCAAUAUGCUGACCAGACCCAAAUCGCGCUAAUUGGUAUCCUUUUCGCAAACGUUAUCUCAAAACUAUGUAAAAAGCUCAACUUGAAGCAACAGGUCGUUGCGACUACCGACCUUGCCACAGAUGAGUAUCAAUACAAGUCAUUUCCUGGAGAUCACUCCAAGCUCGCCGAAAUGGAAUUCUACCUCCUCGAAGACCUCGACUUUGACUUGAUUGUGUUCCACCCUUACCGAAGUCUGCUGGCGCUGCUCCCACGUUAUGAGACGGUUCAAGAAAGCGAAGCAGGCGAAUUAAGCAGUGGGUCCGGUUCUACAGCAUCGUUCUACAAUGACGGGGAGAGAUAUUGGGGCACGGGCGAAGGCCGGAUGGAAGGCAUCGAAGACGGCGCUAUCCAAAUGGCUUGGUAG